UACGUGUUUACGUUCUCAGCCUCAUUAUUACACUCCAGCUCCCCGAGUGCACCUGCAUGUAGCUCAAUCAGCGUGACUCAAUUCAUAUCAGAGAGGAGCUUUAUCGCUGUAGUGUAAAACCGUUUGAUGCCGGCUGGGGGAGUGGGCGAGAGCAGAGAUUAUCUCAAUUUUAAUACCAUUUGAACACUUGGCUUGCGCGUUCACUUUAUUAUAAGGACUUGCAGAAGGAAAACAUAUAUACAGCUUUUUAAAACGUUGCUGUAGGAAUAUUAAGAUGGUAAUUAGAGUUUUUAUCGCUUCUUCAUCUGGCUCUGUUUUGAUCAAGAAAACACAACAGGAUGUGGUGGGGUUCCUGGAGGCCAACAAGAUUGAGUUUGAAGAGGUUGAUAUAACCAUGGUGGAGGACCAGAGAAUGUGGAUGUAUAAACACAUACCCAAAGAGAGGCUUCCAGCUAAGGGGAACCCGCUCCCACCACAGAUAUUUAAUGAUGAGCAGUACUGUGGGGAUUAUGAGGCUUUCUUUGACUCUAAGGAGAACAAUACGGUCACUUCAUUUCUAGGACUGAAUCCCAGACCUUCGGUAAAGGUAAAGGAUUCAGAAUCUUAGGUUUUCCACUCCUGGGAUUCAAGCCACCACACAAGAAGCUCUUGACAUUUCUGAAUUACAUCACAUCCUAAUCCUGAUCUUUCACUGCUGCUUUGCCAAAUGUCGCUGCAUUAUUUCUGCUUACCAGAAGCUCCUGCCAUGAACAAUGGACUAUAUGCAUAUAUAUAUAUAUAUAUAUAUUUUUAAUCAAGUAGGUGGACACCACUUUUGCCAAGAUGCCUUGCACAGCAUUUGAUUCGAUAAGAAAAUGUAUAAAUUGAAGGUUAUUUUAAUUAUUUAUGGUUGCAAAGGACAUUUUGGUUUAAUUGAAAUCAAUUGUGUAACCUGAAGUGAUGUAGUACUUGCUGCCAACCUUCAACUGAACAUGACUGAGUUCAUUUCUCUUCCAUGGACCAAGCAAAUUAAACCGCAUGAUCACAUUUGUUUAAAUUAUUAAUGGAUACCAAAUGGGUAUGGAAAGCACAAAUUGCUAAAUGAGAUUAUCAACUGCAUUAACACAUCGGAAGGGGAAGGGUUGAAGAAUUAUAUCAACUCACAUAUUGGAGAGAAAUAGUUUACUACCCAUUUACCUGGGAGACUGUAUAAGGGGUAUCUGAGUGUAAUCCACAAGCUUGUUUUUAGCUGUAACUGAAGAAAAGCAACAUGUAACUUUAAUAAUACGAGUUACUCUGAUCUUGCGUGUGGAUAAAAAAGUAAGACCUGUACAAGAAAACUGUCUGUCAAGAGGCCCAAUUCAAAAUGAUAUCACUCAUAAGUAGGGCUUCUGAUUUUCGGUUUUAACCAAUAAAACCCAAUAAAACACCCCCGAUACAAAAACUAAAUAAAUCGGUGGAUAGCCAAUAAACACCAGAAAACACAGGAAAAACUGUGGAAAUGAUUAAUCAAUUCACGUUGACUUUACCCUUUUCCCAUUAAAACAUAAUAAUAAAUACAUUUCCUAGUGCUGCUGGGCAAUGCCCCACCUUCUUGACUUGUAUCUAUCAUUGUUUUGUUCUGAAUACUUUAAACCCACCCCAACUAUUGAGUGACAGCACAUUCUUACAUUUCUAUUGGAGAUUGCACUUGCGAGAUUUAAAACAAGAUUACAAUCAGGGUGGAGGCUUGUUAGCGGGAUUUAAAGCUGUAUUACAGUUAAGAUAUGGAGGAUUUAAAACAGAAUUGUGAGGAAAUGCACAAAUGCCUACACACAAAAACCCCAGGAGAAUGUGCCCGUGACCGUAGGGAUUUCGUUGUGGAAGACAGCAAAGGAAAGAAGGGACAACUUAAGCAGACUUUAAGUAAGCAACAAAUAAGCAACUUUCUUUGAAACAAUGAAGAAUACCAAUUUUGUAACAUACAGAAGAAAAAACUCUCAAAAUCAGUGCACCUCCAUUUCAUCUAAUCAGUUAAAUCUCCAUCAAGAUUGAAAGUUUAACUGCUUAAUAGUUGCAAACAUUUGGAAUAUAAUUAAUGUAAGUGACUGACAUUCAUUGUGCUUCCAUCAGUAAUGUUUCAUUUUCUAUAUUGUUGUGGUGGUUGAAUGAAAGCCAUUAUGAAAUGCAAUUUAUUUAGGGGACACUGAAAUUUACCCACAUACUACAAGAUAAGAGGACCCUGUGGGCGUCUGCUGUGUUUAUUUUCGACACGGGUGUUGCCGGUCAUUUAAUUGUUGAGCCAGUUCAUAAAUUAUUUUCUUUUCUGUCAAUGAAAAUUCAAAUGGACCAAUCCGCUGACAGUGUAUUGUUAAUGGACCAAUCAGUCGCAAAUGCCAGCACUUAUUUCUCACGUCUUGUAGUUGUUUAAAAUCUUUUAACAUUUUAAACACUGUAUGCAAUAUAUGGUUUAGGUUUUUAUUAUAUAUAUAUAUAUGGUAUUAGGUUUUUCUUGCCUGCAACCCAUAUUUGCUGUCAAAUUCUCAUGAAGUACAUGAUUUCUUCAUAGAUAAGGAAGUACCUAACCCAGCAUGGCCAAAAACCUUUGUUAUCUGAAAAAGUUAGUUGGUAUAGAGUGUGCAAUACAAAUAUAAUAAAAGGACAACAAAACAUUUACCCAUGAACACAAACCAAAGAAUAUACAGGAAAUAUAGACUAUAGAUUUCUUUAUUCAUACAUGUAUGUGUAAAAAAAAGUUAAAUGUAUUGAAAGACUAUGACUAAAUAUGCAGUUUAAUUUUUACACUAUUUUAUUGGGUAUGUUUAUGUGCUGUAUACCAGGUUUUUUGUUGGUGUGAAUGUGAUUUAAAACCGCUUACUGGUAUUUCAUUUUCAGCAUCACUCAUUGCCAUGCUAAGAGCUUGUCAACUUAAACCAAUCCAAGAUGGCUGCCAAACACAGAUGAUCCCUGAAUAAUCAGUUGUGCAAUAUUGUUUCUGUAUCUCCUAGCACAUGCACUACAGAAAGAUAAAGCAGGUGUAUUACAAUAGAGGUCUUUCAUUUGUUUUAUUAUGGUGGAAAAAGUUCUGUGUGCCUUUUUAAAUAGGUUUGUUUUUCAGACUCGGUGAUGUAAUAAAUGUUAACUAGCAUACUACCAGUAAUGUAACUAUGGUAAUGUGAUUUCCAGUGUGGGGGACCUGUAGUGUACAAAUUUGUAAUUUCAUUCUAUGUAUUAAAUAAUAUUGUGUUAUAUUCAGCCCACAGACAACGAGUGCUGGUGUGCAAAGGUCUGUUUUUAAUGGUUUAAUGUUUACUAUUAGCAAUGUUAUUAUCAAUAUGAAAAUAAAACACAAACAUCUUGUCUCCUUAUGAUAUUUUAAUAUGUUUCUGGGGAGUUUAUUAGAUUAGCUAUUUUACAACAAAAAUUAAAGUAGCAUGCUAUGAUUGUAAAAAA